GGGGGCAAGGUGCAGGAGGCAGAGCGGGAGGGCGCAGGACGGGACAAGGUAGGACAGACCAGAACCAGAGCGGGAGUGGAGAUAGCCAGAACCGGGACAAGACGGGACCAGGAGAGACCGAGCAAGAAUAAUCCAACAGGUGGGAACCCAGACGGGACAGGAGGCGAAGACAAAGGGUGAACUUUACCGGAGCUGGCGCGCAGAGGCAGGAGCAGGAACGAGCGGGAGAACAGGCAUCUGAGGAGUGGCAAAAAUCCGGUCAGAGGCAAGCAAGCAGUGGACAAGAGAAACAGACUCAGAGACGAGACCAGAGAGAUGUCAGGUCCUCAGUCCCUGGAUCUGAAGACUCUAUGUGAGAUCCUAGAGAUUAGUCCUUGUAUUUCUGUGGUCCACAGCCCUGGUCUGGACUCAGGUCUGGACUGGAAUCUGAUUGAGUUCCUGAUUGAAGAGUCUGUGCGCGCUCACCUUCCACAGAUGCCCUCAGAGCUGGAGACAAAGCUGCAGUGUCACCUCCAGGCCCUGCAGAAUGUUGUGCUACAUGAGCUGCUCAGACUGGGCCCUGUGCUGGAGCACUGGGGGCUGAUUCGAAAUCUGACACAGAAGUAUCAUCACGCUCUGGUCUCACACAUGAAUGAACUACUGUCAGAGGUCUGCUCCAGGAAGGCCUGCCUUCAGCUGCUCUGCUGGGCUCUCACCCAGUACUUCAGUCAGGAGCUGCUCCUGCACCCGGACCUCCAGAGCUCAGAAUUGAUACAGCACAUAGACCUGGUUCUGCUGAGUGACUGGAUCCAACAGGCUCAAGACAAACUUCUGCAGUUAGUAAAGGAAGAAGUUUCCUCUCAGUUGGAUCACAUCUUGACUCUAGAGACACAGCAUCAGCCUUGUAACACUGAAGAGCAGUUUGUCAGCACCUAUGUGGACGUGAUCCAGUGCAUUGAUGCCACUGCCUCUGCAGUUGAGGCUUUCAGUUCCUCUCUCUCUCUGAAACUGUCUCAUCUUUGUUUGCAACAGCUGCUCCCAUUCACGAAAAGUUACAAACAGCAGUGGUUCAAGUGGUUAGAAACGCUGCAGAAGAAGAAAAUGGCUGAAGAACAAAUGCUGCAGUUUUUCAGGACCCUGGAAAUCUGCAAAGAACUCAAGGAGUACCUCACAAAGAUCAAGUUCAGACGAUGUGCCCAGGAGGUCCAGGACAUCUCUGAAGAGGUGGAAGCUUUACUCACGGAAACUGAAACAUUUACCCAAACAGUUAUACUGAACACUGUGGAGGUGUUUGCCAAGAAUGGUUUUAAAAAAUACUUCAAAAGGAAUCACAGCUGCUAUUCCCCAAUGACAGACUUGGAGAGGCUGUUCAGACUAGAGCUGAGGCUGAGCCUGAAGAAACACAAGGGUACGAUAGAUGAAUGCUACAAACUGAUAGUGAGCCUUUAUGUCAAACAUGUGAGCAGCCAUAAACUGGACAAACUCAGGAAGAAGUGGAGUCAAAAUGUGGAGUCGUCUGUGUUUGAAGAUGCUCGGUGCAUUCACGAAAUCAUCUCCAACCUGUGCCCUGGAGUGGAAAACUGGAACUUUCCAUUGUAUUUCAUCAGUGAUUUGUUAAAGACAGAAGACAUAAACUCCAUCAAAAUAUCGAGUGGGGACUUGUUGAACAGACACAAAGAGAAUGGUCUUACAGUGGAUACGUCUAUGCCAUUUGCCCUUCUACAGUGGAAAGGUUUGUCCCGUAGAAACAUUAGAGAAAUCCUGACAUCUUUGCUGGAUGUGGAACCAAAUCUUGUCAUUCCUCAGCACAGAUCGUGUAUUAUUGCAUAAAAGUGUCUAUUGUUUACAUUUAGCAUUUCUGAUAAAGUAACUGUAUGUACGAUUUACAUUUUAAAUGUCAUGUUCAAAUCAAAUAUAACUUUUACUGAUAACAAUUCUAAUGCUAGUUUAUUCUUAAUUACAAAAUGAUGUUGUAUUUUGGUGUUUUGGUUCAUGAUGAUUGUCCAGUCAGAAAUCAGAAUAAGCCUCAGUACAAAAUUGGAGAAUGAAGUAAGUACAGAGCAGUGGCUUAUGCCAGUGGUGGGGAAAACGGGGACUGGUCGACAAUAUGGCGUCUUGAAAAUAAGUCAUAUAAGUCAAAGAUUGCUCAAUAAGUCAAAGAUUGCUCAAACAUGCAUGAAUCACUUCAAAUACAGUGGGUAAAUGGUGAGGGCAAACAACUGUAACAUGGCUAAAAGCUCUAAAAAGUCCAUUUUGCAGAAUAGGUCUGCUUAAAAAAAACUGUUGAGCUACAUUAGCAUACUUCUACUUUUAGAUGAGAGAAAUGCAACCAAACAAGCACUAGAGGGAGCCACAUUUAACACAAAGAUGUACUUUUUAUCACUGUAAUGCCAUUUUAAUGCACUGUUUAUUACAAGCUAUUUUCUCAAGUAUAUUAAUAUUUAUUUUAGUUUAGGGGAAGUUGGUUUAACUCUGGUGUGAUUUUUUUUGCAUAGAUCUACUAUCUAUUAUCAUGUGACUGAAGUUGCCAAUAUUAUUGGUUCAUUAAAAAACUCU